AUGACGGGCAGCAGCAACGUCAACACCAGCGCAGCCAUGCUGCUCCCACGGAUACUCGCGCCCGUACGCGCAUCGAUCCAGACGCCCUCGACCUUCAUCCUCCCAGCCUCUCGCGUCAUCGAUGCCCUCCGUACCGCGAACGGCGCCUCCGCACACGCACCGAGCCUGUCGCUCGUCAGACAUUCAGCCCAUCAGGCCCAAGGGCGAGCCAACGGUGCCAAGGACGGGCCAGGAAAGCGACUGGGUGCGAAGAAGAGCGGAGGAGAGUAUGUGAUCCCCGGAAACAUCAUCUUCCGCCAGCGCGGCACACACUGGUUCCCCGGAGAGAACUGCAAAUUCGGCCGUGACCACUGUAUCUUUGCCACCGAGUCUGGAUACGUUCGAUACUACAAGGACCCGCUCAAGCACCCCAAGCGCCAGUACAUUGGCGUGGCGCUCGAGAAAGACCACCAACUGCCCUACCCACGAAACGCCCCCCGAGCGAGACGGUUGGGCUUCGUUGCCGUGCCAGUCACCCAGACAGAGGCGAGCGCGCAGGUGGUGGUCAACGAUCUGCACGUCCGAGAAGGCUCGGGCAGCGACAGCAGCAUCGUGGACACACCGCGGCACGGAAAGGUCAUCUCCAAGGCCAACAAGGGAUACGCUUUCCGCGAAGCCAACUGGGAGAUUGGUCGCGCAGCGGAGAAGGCGAAUGUGCAGGUCAAGAAGUUCGUCCCUGGCGACCGAUGGGCCGCGUGGCGCAAGUCGAACGCCAGAAUACAGGCCAACAUCGAGAGGAAGAAGCUGAGGAACGCCGGAAAGAAGACUGGGAAGCCGAAGAAGAGGCAGCAGAGGGCCUGA